AUGGCCAAAAAGGAUAAUAAGCCAAAGUUCUCCACCGUCUUAACUAAAUCCGGUGAGUCUUUGAAAGUAUUUGAAGAUUUAGACACCUUCGAGACUUACUUAAAGAAUGAAAUCGAAGAUGAUGAAUUUGAUAACGUUCAUAUUCAAGUUAAUUACUACCCACCUUUCGUCAUGCAUAAGAAUCACGAUGAUCCAGAAAAGAUUAAAGAUACUGAAAAUUCUCAUUCUAAAAAAUUUGUUAGACAUUUGCAUCAACAUGUCGAAAAGCAUCUUUUAAAAGAUAUUAAAAAUGCAUUACAUCAACCUGAUUUAAAAUUCAGAGAUAAAAAUAAGGACGAAUCUUUCGAAAAGAUCACUUGGCAUUAUGGUGAUGAAACUGAAGUUAAUUCAAGAAAAUUCAAAUUAGCUGUCGAUGUUACCUGUGUCCAUAACGAUGCUAUGGUCUCAGUUGACUACAAGACAAUGCCAGUUGAAUAA